AUGGGACACAAUGUUCUGAUCACCGGCGGCUCUGGAUAUCUGGGCGGCAGCCUGUUAUAUUAUCUGGCCAAACACAGAGACCAGCUCCCGGAAAACACAAAGCUUUAUGCUCUCGUGCGCAAGCCCGAACAGGAAGAAGCCGUUCGGGCGUACGGUGCAGAGGGCCUCACUUUCGACGCCUACGACCCGGCUGCCGUGCUCACUGCCGUCGUUGGCCACGACAUAUCGGUCGUGUUCUGGCUGUCGGAUGUCAUGCACCCCCAGGCGCAGCUCUACUUUAUCAAUGCACUGGCAGAGGUCCGGCGAAAGACGGGCCAGGAUGUUCACCUCUUGCACACAAGCGGUGCAAAGAUAUUCUCUGACAUGGCGGGCGCUCCAUCAGACCGGACAUUCUCAGACAGUGACCUGAGCAUUUAUGCUCUUCAGAAAACCCAGAUACCUAGCCAGGAUCUUAUGCGAAUGGCCGUCGAAACGAACAACACGAUCGUGGAAGAAGGCGAGGCCAAGGGCAUCCGCACAUACAUCUUUGUUCUGUGUAUCGUCUAUGGCAAAGGACUAGGCUUCGGCAACAAGAUCUCUAUCCAGACGGUAGAGAUUGUCAAGGCCGCCCAGGGAACCCGACAGAUGUAUCAAGUCGACACUGACAAGACGAUCUGGCCUGUCUGCCACAUACUCGACACGACCACUCUCUACUUCCACCUCCUGCGGGCGAUCCUGGCCGAAGAGAAUCCAGACUACGGCAAGAACGGAUACUACCUGGCGUCUCCUGGCAGCGUCGCCUGGCAGGACAUAUACGUCGCCAUGGCGGCAGCGCUGGCCCGCUGGGGCAUCGUCGAUGAUGCCAGCGUAAAGACGGCAGACGAGACGGCGCUGGCCAACGUGGGUGCCGCGCUUGGCCAGCCGGCAGAGCUGGUCCGCCUGAUGCUGGGCGGCAUAUGCAUGUUCGAACCAGAGCACGGCAAGUCGGUCGGCUGGACGCCUCAUUAUCCACCGACACACAUUCUCGAUGCAGCCGACGAUGAAGUUGCCUUGAUUCUCGACGUUCUGGCCGAUAGGACAAAGCUCUGA